UUGAGAGCUGUGAAGUGUGUGUGGACUUGCUCUUCUUCCCUUUGGGUAUCUUUGGCCCUCAAAAUUUCUGUCUGUGAAUCUAUCUUCAGCUUUAAAAGUUUAAAGCUUUAGAUCACAACAGUUCCUUUUACACGAACUCACCGAUCCGUCAUUUCUCACUUUCUCUAGGCAAGCAGCUUCAAUUGUUGUCAUAGGCAAAUCUAACAGGGAACUCAGUCUCUGAAGCUGAUCCACUACCUUUGGAAUUUGGAAAUUGGUGUUGAAUUCAGAUCUAAAAGCCACAACGAUGUCUUUUAUUGGUACCCAGCAAAAGUGCAAGGCUUGUGAGAAAACAGUAUAUCCUGUUGAUCAGCUUUCUGCAGAUGGCACUGCUUAUCAUAAAGCUUGCUUCAGGUGCUCUCAUUGCAAAGGAACAUUAAAGUUGAGCAACUAUUCCUCAAUGGAAGGUGUUCUUUACUGUAAGCCUCAUUAUGAGCAGCUCUUCAAGGAGACAGGCAACUUCAGCAAGAAUUUCCAGUCAUCUGCGAAGCUAGCUGAGAGGACAACUCCUGAGAUGACAAGGUCCCCUAGUAAAGCAGCGAGCAUGUUUUCUGGGACACAAGAAAAGUGUGCUACAUGUGGCAAAACUGCUUACCCAUUGGAGAAGGUAACGGUGGAAGGCCAGGCCUAUCACAAAUCAUGUUUCAAGUGUUCACAUGGUGGUUGUCCCAUAACCCCUUCGAAUUAUGCAGCCCUUGAGGGCAUUUUGUAUUGCAAGCACCAUUUCUCUCAGCUUUUUAAGGAGAAAGGGAGCUACAAUCAUCUUAUUAAGUCUGCAUCAAUCAAACGGGCAGCAGCAACCUCAGAAUCUUGAAAGUUGGUGCCUUUCGAUUGCUUUUUUUUUCUUUUUUCCCUCAAAAAAAUAUUUUGGUCUGUCAAAGCAAGUGUUUGUAUGUGUGGCAUUUUUUUUUAAUUGUUCUAUGAUGACUUGAUCCUAUGUUAUAUUUACUUAUAUAUGCGUGGCGUGCAUAUCUUGUGUGAUUUUGUUUGUACAAUGCACAUUUAGUUAUGACUAAUG